AUGAGGAAGUUCUCUACAAUGGCAGAUCUCAUAAAUAUAAAGAAUCUUAAUAUAUCAACCACCAUCGGUUCAGAUGCUUGGGGUAGACACCAACCUCAAACAUGUCUCAUUUCUUUGAAACUGGGGACAGACUUCCAAAAAAGUUCAACAACUGAUGAUCUAAAUUAUUCAUUAAAUUAUGCAACGAUAUGUCGUGACGUUCGGAAUUUGAUUAAAAAGAAACUUGAUUGGGUUAAUCUUUGUACUCUAACUAAUUCAAUUACUUCCACUUUAUGUAAUACUUAUCCAGGUAUCAAGGAUUUGAAAAUCACUGUGCAAGCAUUAAAUACACAUUUACGAACAAACGAUAUUUCUUAUGAAAAGGAUAUUAAAAUUAGUUCCCCAAAGGAUAUGAUUCCAAAACAAUAUGAUCUAUUACAUAUCCGAAAUUUGGAAUUAUUUACAUUGAUUGGCGUUUUCACCUUCGAAAGAUUACAAAAGCAAAAAAUUUCACUAAAUAUUAUAUUGCCCUGGUUAACUACUAAUAGAGAGGAUGUUCCAUAUGCUUCAAUAAUUAACAAUGUAGUGAAAUAUGUGGAAAAUUCAAACUUUAAAACUGUGGAAGCCUUAGUGGAAUCAGUAAGUAAAUUGAUUUCUCAAGAACAAUACUAUCAAAAUAUUUUAGACUUGAAUUUACCAAUUCUUGUGGAAGUAAUCAAACAUAGUGCAAUCAUGGAUACUGACGGCGUUGGAGUCAGUUGCACGAGAACUUUAAAGGAAUUGAAUGCCAAGCAAUAUAUUACACUUAAUGCAAUUGAUCAAAUUAAAAGUACCGAUUCUUCUUUUGAUUUACCUGUAGAAAAUGAUUCAAUGAAAACAUUGAUCCCUAAUACGUGGAACACAGCAUAUUUAGCAUUUGGAUCAAAUAUUGGUGAUAAAUUACAAUAUAUUGAAUCUGCUAUAACUAUAUUAUCUAAUGAUCCUAAGAUAAAAAUUACUCAAACGUCAUCAUUAUUUGAAAGUGAGCCAAUGUACUUUAAAGAUCAAGAUCCCUUCAUGAAUGGUUGUAUUCAAAUCAAAACAAAAUAUCUACCUCAGGAAUUAUUAUCAAUUUGCAAAGAGAUUGAAUAUGAUGAGUUGAAAAGAGUGAAACAUUUUGAUAAUGGACCAAGGUGCAUUGAUUUAGAUAUAAUAUUAUAUUUGAAUUCAUCCAAUGAACAUAUUACAAUCAAUGAACCUAACCUAGUUAUCCCUCAUCCACGGAUGUUAGAAAGAUCUUUUGUUUUGGAACCAUUAUGUGAAUUAAUUUCACCAGACCACAUUCAUCCAAUUACAGCAGAACCAAUUUGGAACCAUUUGGAUCAACUUUACGCAAAUGAAAAUGAUGAAGAUUCAUUGUGGAAGGUCAUUCCAUUACCCAACAUGAACUCACAACCUAGAUUUUUAAAAUUCAAAUCAAUUAAUAAGAUAAACAAGAUGACGAAUCAACCAUAUCGUGAAACUGUAUCACCAACUUAUUUAAUGGGUAUCUUAAAUGUAACGCCAGAUUCAUUUUCUGAUGGUGGUGAACAUUUCUCUACAACAACUAUCAAAGAAAUAAAUUUUGUUAAGGAGAUGUGUGUUCAAGUCUUUCAAUUACAUGAAUCUAUAAUUAUCGAUAUUGGUGGAUGUUCCACUCGUCCUGGAUCUAUUCAGGCUACAUUAGAGGAAGAAUUGAAGAGAACAAUCCCAGUCAUCAAGGCAAUUAGAUCAUGCAAUGAAUUACCUCAAGAGAAAAUUAUCUUAUCAAUAGAUACAUAUAGAGCAGAAGUUGCUAGACAAUCUAUUGAAGCUGGCGUUGAUAUAGUCAAUGAUAUAUCUGGUGGAUUGUUUGAUGAUGGAAUGUUUAAAGUUAUAGCAGCAAAUCCAAGAGUAUCAUAUGUAUUAUCACAUAUAAGGGGUGAUAUCUCAAACAUGAAUAAGAUGAAUAAAUAUACAAAUACAACCACCGAUAAUGAAGGUGGCAUGAAUUUAAUUGAAUAUAUCAAUGGUAAAGAAUGUGAUAUUCCAGAAGCUCAAUUCAUGAAGGUUAUUGGUAGAGAAUUAAGUCAACGCUAUAAACUUGCUAUUGCAAAUGGAAUCCGUCGUUGGCAAAUUAUUCUGGAUCCAGGUAUCGGGUUUGCCAAGGAUUCAAAUCAAAAUUUACAAAUCAUAAGAGAUAUACCAAUAUUGAAGAAUUAUUCAUGUUCAGAAGACGGUGAUAAAGAAACAGUUUUUGCCAAUUUUAAAAAUAUCCCAAUAUUAUUGGGUCCAUCAAGGAAGAAAUUUAUAGGCAAAAUUACAAAAGAUGAAGACCCAGUAGCCAGAGAUUUCGCCACUGGAUCAAUUGUAGCUUCAUGUGUUGGAUUUGGUACAAAUAUCGUUAGAGUGCAUGAUAUUAAAGAUUGUUCCAAGACAAUUAAAUUAGCGGAUACUCUUUAUAGAAAAAUAUAA